AACUCCAAAAAAACUGACAGAUAGUCAAGAAAAUUAUCAGAAACAAUAUUCUCUCAAAAAUUGUUAUAAAUAAUAGUACUAUCUAUAGUCUAGUUGUACAACCAAAAAAAAAUAAUCACAAAAAGGAGAAAAAAAUAUGAAUUCCCAAACAACAGUUAAAACUUUAACAGAACAUCCUCUUCAAUACAGAACUUUUGUACAAAAUCAUGUACUAAACGAUGCAUCAUUUUCUUCAUAUCUCAAACCAGAAGAUCAUAGUCCUGAUGAUUCCGAAAUCAACGUGUUCGAUGCGAAAAAAUACUUCAGUGAAGGCAAUGAAUCAUCUCCCGUUGCUCAAAAAAAUGUAAAUGAUCAAUGUGAAUUACCAUCAGGUCAUCGACAUUCGUCAGUUUCUUCCGUAGACAAUGCCUACGGAAGAAACUUCCGAGCUAAUUCCUUUCGUGCUACUCCAACUGCUUCGUCAGAAGCUAGUUGGAAUAGCCAGACAGGAUUAUUAGCAAAUCCUCCAGGUGCAGUAUCAGUUUCAUUGAAGAGUAUUAAUACGAAUGACAAAAGAAGUGGUUCGUUUAAUACUCGUAAAUGGUUCUUCUGUCGAAAAUGCCCUUGUUCUGGGAAGAAAUCUGUGCAGGUCGAGGAAGCUAGCUCGGAGCCAAGAACAGAAACUGGCUCCGAGCAGCAUUUCCCCGUCAAACACAGUAGUAAAGUUGUAGUUGAGAAAUCAACUAACGUAUCUAAGAAAAGUUCAAUUGAAAUUCAACACAGAGGAGUGGUGGUCAGGUCAGAGACUAAUAAAAUUGGAACGAUUCAGAGAAGAUCAUCAGAAUCAGAGAGUAGUACAGCUAUUAGCUGUCAACAACGUGUACUGGCACCGGUUAGACCGUUUAACGAGGUGCCAGGUGGAGGAUUUUCAUUCCCAAUUCUGAACAAUUCAGGUCAAUCCAAAUCAGGAAUCAAACCUCCAUCAACAAGAUCAUCGAUUUCCCCAAUUUUAGAAGAUCCACCUCGAGAUUCACUCGAGGUAUUUCAACCAUCUUCUCGAAAAUCAAUCGAAACAGAUCACCAUCGAUGCAAUAAUUUCCCCUUCCCAGGUAGUCCAAUGUCUCGAAUAACAGCAACAGAUGACGACGUAGCAAGCGAUGCAAGCUCCGAUCUAUUCGAAAUCGAGAGCUUUUCGACUUCAAUGGCGAAUUCAUCCUGUCCAUUAUAUCGUCAACGAAAUUCACUCGAAGAGCCUGGUACACCUAGUGUUGCAGCUACAGAGUGUUAUGCACCAAGUGAAGUGAGUAUUGACUGGAGUGUUACAACAGCUGAAGGUUUCGAUCGAACUAGUGUAACUAAUUAUUCAACUAUUUCAGAAAUCGAUACGAAUACUCGAUUUUUUGGUGGUGGUGGUGGUGGUGAUGGAGGGAAGUGGAAAGGGGGUGGGUUGUUGAGUUGUCGGCAUGAAAAAGCGGUAAAUGUUGGACCGCAGCCAGUUAAAUAUGGGUCGCCCGAUGGGCCACCGCCGCAACUGCCGUUGAAAUCAACGGCAGGACAUGUGGGAAGUAGAGCUAAUAAGCCACCUCUUGCAAGCUCUCAUUCAGCACGAUUGUCUCUUGCAUUUGCAGCAUGACAAAUAACUUCCUUCCUUCGUACUCAUGUUUGAUUUUCGUAUGUUUUUCUCUCUUUCUCAUUUUAUUUUAUAUUUUAUUUUAUAUGAUACUACUGUUAUUUGGAGUGUGACACUAUUGUUAUUUGGAGAAUCAGGAAAUUUUUUUUAUCA